AUGAGCCAUUCCGCCGUCCUCCUCCUCGGUCUUGUUGCGUGCGAUGGGCUGGUGGCCACUCUUCCGCCCGCCCCGCUCGAUGCUCGGCGCGCUGGCUGCCUGCAGCUCGCCGGCAACAAGAGGCGCAAGGCGAGGGGACGAGAGGCUGCACUGCGGCUGGCUGGUUUGGGCGACCGCCCCCUCGCCGACGACCAAGGCGAUCUCGAGCCAAGGAGGCCGUGGAGACCGUGGCGCGGCGCUGGCGCAAAGAAGCGUGGCGGCCGGCAAACGGCGCUAGCCUCUCAGGUGGACGAGCUGAGCCGGGCGCUGUCCACGGCGGCGUCGGUGGCGCGCCUGCUCGCCUCCACAAACGCGACGCUGCCUCAGGCGGCGCUCCGAGCGGCGGCGCCCCUCUGCGAUGCGACCGGCUUCGCGGCGCGGGCGCGGAAAAAAGGCGCGCGGACGGCGCCAGUUCGCUGGCGGGGCAAAGAGGCCCUUCCGCGGGGGGAGGGCGCCACCCGCGAAAGCUUCGCCAACCUUCUCGCAGAUCUCCGGCGGCUCAGCGCGCGCGUGGCUGCCUCCGCGGCCACGUCGGCAGCGCUGCAGCAGGCGCUGGACGAGAAGGUCGCCACCCUCUCGGCGCAGCUGUCUGCGCUGCGCGCGCGUGCUACGCAUGCGGAGAGUGCCGCCGCAGAGCUGCAGGGCGAGCUGCAGGGGGUGCAGCAGGCGGGCGAGGCUGGUAGUCAAGAAGCGACUCAGUGGGACGACUACUUGCUCUCCCGCGACACGCCCAUCCUCCGCUCGCUCGCGCAGUGCCACGCCCACCUCGCCGCCGGAGCCGGCCUGCAGCUUAGAUGCAUCCACAGUGAGGCGGCCAGGCAGGCAGGCAAGUGGUCCCGCACCGCCCCGCGGCCGUAUGAGCUGGCGGUUCGGAACGAGGCCGAGGAGAUCUUCGUCGCCUUCAAGCUGCAGCUCGCCGCGCCCGUGCGCCCGUGGCAUUCCCCGCACACCCGCCGCCUCGUCGUGACGCAUGUCGGGGUGCCUGAGCCGUUUCGGCGGCGUGGCGUCCUUUCGCGCACCAUGGACGCGCUCGCAGAGGCGGUGCUGCCCGACGAGAUCGAGGUCGACCGCGUGCUCUCCGACACGAUGCGCGCCUACUGCUGCUCGCGCGGCUACGACCUCGUGCCCGCGCAGCCAGGCGACGCGCUCACCGUGUGCCUCCUCGGCUCGUGCUUUCUCCUCCGGAACCUUCUCGGAACCCUCCUCCUGUAG